GCUGGUGCUUGAGCUCGAACGACGUCGCUGGCGGAGACGCCGGCUGCUCCUCCCCUCCUCGCCGCUUUUCCUAAAAGGAUUCCUGUACACCUUAGAAGUGCUUGAGGAAGAGUGAUAAAGAUAGGCAUGAAGCCUCCGUCUCACAGCUGCAUGUGUAGUUACUGUUGAAGCAAAUGCCUUCCUAAUUUGACAGUCUUGGUGUGUUUAAAAUUUUUGAGUUUGCAAAUAAGCAUAUUAAGUCUACUGAUGGAGCCUUCAGGCAGUGAACAGUUAUAUGAGGACCCUGAUCCUGGAGGCAAAUCCCAAGAUGCAGAGGCCAGAAAACAAACAGAAUCAGAACAAAAGUUGUCUAAAAUGACUCACAAUGCUUUGGAGAACAUUAAUGUGAUUGGCCAAGGCUUGAAGCAUCUCUUCCAGCACCAGCGCAGGAGAUCAUCAGUGUCUCCACACGAUGUGCAACAAAUUCAGGCAGAUCCAGAACCUGAAAUGGAUCUGGAAAGCCAGAACGCAUGUGCUGAGAUUGAUGGUGUCCCCACCCACCCCACAGCUCUGAAUCGUGUCCUGCAGCAGAUCCGAGUGCCACCCAAGAUGAAGAGAGGAACGAGCUUGCAUAGUAGGCGGGGCAAGCCAGAGGCCCCAAAGGGAAGUCCCCAAAUCAACAGGAAAUCUGGCCAGGAGAUGGCAACUGUUAUGCAGUCCGGCCGACCCAGGUCUUCAUCCACAACUGAUGCUCCUACCAGCUCCACUGUGAUGGAAAUAGCUUGUGCUGCUGCUGCUGCUGCAUGUCUACCAGGGGAUGAGGCAACUGUAGAGCGGAUCGAGCGGUUGGAAGUAAGCAGUCUCGCCCAGACUUCCAGUGCAGUGGCCUCCAGCGCUGAUGGCAGCAUCCACACAGACUCUGUGGAUGGAACACCAGACCCUCAGCGCACAAAGGCUGCUAUCGCUCACCUGCAGCAGAAGAUCCUGAAGCUCACAGAACAGAUCAAGAUUGCACAAACAGCCCGGGAUGACAACGUUGCUGAGUACUUGAAGCUUGCCAACAGUGCAGACAAGCAGCAGGCCGCCCGCAUCAAGCAGGUCUUUGAGAAGAAGAAUCAGAAGUCUGCCCAGACCAUCCUCCAGCUACAAAAGAAGCUUGAGCACUACCACAGGAAGCUCCGAGAGGUGGAGCAGAAUGGGAUUCCUCGGCAGCCAAAGGAUGUCUUCAGGGACAUGCACCAGGGUCUGAAGGAUGUGGGAGCAAAAGUGACUGGCUUCAGUGAAGGUGUGGUAGACAGUGUCAAAGGAGGACUUUCUAGCUUCUCCCAGGCGACCCAUUCAGCAGCAGGGGCUGUGGUCUCAAAGCCCAGAGAGAUCGCUUCACUAAUUCGGAAUAAAUUUGGGAGUGCAGACAACAUCCCUAAUCUGAAGGACUCUUUAGAGGAAGGGCAAGUGGAUGAUGGGGGGAAGGCUUUGGGAGUGAUUUCAAACUUUCAGUCGAGCCCAAAAUAUGGUAGUGAGGAAGAUUGUUCUAGUGCCACUUCAGGCUCAGUGGGAGCCAACAGCACCACUGGAGGCAUUGCUGUAGGAGCAUCUAGCUCCAAAACAAACACCUUGGACAUGCAGAGCUCAGGAUUUGACGCACUACUACAUGAGAUCCAGGAGAUCCGGGAAACCCAGGCCAGACUAGAGGAAUCCUUUGAGACCCUAAAGGAACAUUAUCAGAGGGACUAUUCAUUAAUAAUGCAGGCCUUACAAGAGGAGCGGUAUAGAUGUGAACGAUUAGAAGAACAACUAAAUGACCUAACGGAGCUCCACCAGAAUGAAAUCUUGAACUUGAAGCAAGAAUUGGCCAGCAUGGAAGAGAAAAUUGCAUAUCAGUCCUAUGAACGAGCCCGGGACAUCCAGGAGGCCCUGGAGGCGUGCCAGACCCGCAUCUCUAAGAUGGAGCUGCAGCAGCAGCAGCAGCAGGUGGUACAGCUGGAAGGGCUGGAGAAUGCCACUGCCCGGAACCUUCUGGGCAAACUCAUCAACAUCCUUCUGGCAGUCAUGGCAGUCCUUUUGGUCUUUGUGUCUACAGUAGCCAACUGUGUGGUUCCUCUAAUGAAGACUCGCAACAGGACGUUCAGCACUUUAUUCCUUGUGGUUUUCAUUGCCUUUCUCUGGAAGCACUGGGAUGCCCUCUUCAGCUAUGUGGAACGGUUCUUUUCCUCCCCCAGAUGAUGCUGGCACAAGAAGGCAGUGCUCCCCUACCCUAUGGCGAGUGCAUGCAGUGAAGAAUUAGACAGCAACUUACCUACUCUGAAGUUUUCUACAACAAAAGAGUUGAGUGAAUCUGUUUACAUUUAGAAUAAUGUUUUUUUCUUCAAGAGACGCAAUUGCAAUAGUAUUUUUUAGAUUUUAUCCAAGAAGUUUUUUGGGCAAAAAUCUUGGAUCAUUUUUAUGUAGCAUGAUUUUCCUUGGGAUGCAAAUCUUAAACAGUCCUUUAACAUGAACCAACAAUCUGGAGCACGCUGAAGAGCAUUCUAAAUUGUGGCUUGAAGGACUACACUAAAACCCACUAAAAAGAUGCGAAAACCUGAUUAGAGAAACCAGUUAAACUUAACACCCUGCCUUGUCUGGGCUCACCACCUCACCCCUUCCCAGACUAACUUUACUGUGAAAUCCUACCACAUUCCAUGUCUGAAUUUUUGGAUUCAGGGUGGAUUUUCCUUGUCCGUGGAAGAAUACAUGGAUCUCCCUGGCUUUCAAGCCAAGUUGGCCACUCAUGCUAACUGUGGAAGCAUGAUCUCUUUUGAACCUGGUCCCUUAACCUUUGCUAGGAUACAGAAGUGAGAGCAUCAUGCCCCAAAGGAUCACUGCACAGUCCUACUACAGUAUUUUGAAGUAGCCCUCUAAAUACUUAAUUUUAAGCAAAAUCCCAUGGCCGCACUUUUAAGGUUUUUUUAAAUACAUGUAUAGUCACCAGUUUAAAAAACAAAAAAUCUGAACAGCAUACUUGAAGAAUGUAAUACUCAAACUCUCAGUGCUUCCUUAUGGUUUCUAAUAGGAUUUUUUAUUAUUGUUAUUAUUGGGUUUUUUUGGAAAGGGUUGGGAGGGUCUUUUAUUUUUCCUUUGAAAUAAAGAAGUGAUGUUUUUAAA